UCCCUGAAAACAAAAUAAAAAGGGGAGUCUCAGAACGGGACUGGUCUGUGGUAGAGAGCAAGAAGAGAGAGUAGCCAAAAUGUCGUCGUUUUUGCAGUCGUUUCUGGAUCCGAAGAAAAGCUGGUUGGCAGCUAUGCACAUGAAGUCCGUUACCAAACGCCUCCGCAAUUACGGUCUUCGCUACGACGAUUUAUACGAUCCUUACUAUGAUCUGGAUAUUAAGGAGGCGUUGAACCGGUUGCCCCGUGAGAUCGUCGAUGCCCGUCACCAACGCCUUAAGCGUGCAAUUGAUCUCUCCAUGAAGCACGAAUAUCUUCCCGAAAACCUUCAGAAAAUGCAGACACCAUUUAGGAGCUAUCUUCAAGAGAUGCUUGCCCUAGACUCUGCGGGUUCGGGACCUCCAACAUUGAUGGAACUUAAAGCUAUUCAAAGGGGUUUUUCUUACUUUGCAUCUAUCCAAGGGAUGGUUAAAGAUCGGCUGAUUGUUGAGAGUGAUAGCAGGGUAGUAGUAGACUGGAUUAACAAUGUUGAUUCUUGUCCAGUUGUGUAUGCUUCUAUUGUUAGAGAUAUAGUUGUUAAACUUAGAAUUUUUGGGGGGGUUGUUAGAUGGGUUGCAAGGACAGCAAAUAUGGAUGCUGAUGCUUUAGCUAAGGCUGGUAUAGGCUGAAUUUUAUGUUAUAAGCGUGGUUCGAUU